CCUGAAUAUCCAGUAGAGCACCGGCGCCCUGUGUCACUCCAUGGUGGGGAUCUCCCGAUACGGUAUAGUCCGAGCCAUCCCGCCAAAAGCAUAUGGAUUAUAUAAGCAGGACCAGCUGAGGAUCUUUGGAGGUGCAUGGAGGUGCUUGGAGGUGCUUGGAGGUGCUUGGAGGUGCUUGGGCGUGCUUGGGCGUGCUUAAAAGAUAAAGUCUC